CUCCUCCCAGCAUCUCGAAGGAAAGUUAGCCAGUUAAACUACUCCCAACCUUUUGGGAUCACACUUUGCCAUCAAAAAACUAGCAGAGCUGCCAUACCACUCCGACGCGUGGACUUGUUUGCGCGACUCAGAAGUUUGCUGCCUCGGCUCGUGUUCGCUUCGUGUCCGUGUAGCUAGAAUGGCUACGUUACCAGGAACUGUACCUCGAAUGAUGCGGCCGACGCCAGGCCAGAAUUACCCCCGCACCGGAUUUCCACUGGAAGUAUCUACCCCGCUGGGCCAAGGACGUGUGAAUCAGCUUGGCGGAGUGUUUAUCAAUGGAAGGCCGCUACCGAACCACAUUCGACACAAAAUCGUGGAGAUGGCUCACCACGGCAUUAGACCCUGCGUCAUCUCGCGACAGCUUCGAGUUUCCCACGGCUGUGUGUCCAAAAUCCUUUGCCGGUAUCAAGAGACCGGUUCGAUCCGGCCCGGCGCCAUAGGUGGAAGCAAACCAAGGCAGGUGGCAACGCCGGACGUGGAGAAGCGCAUCGAGGAGUACAAGCGGGAGAACCCGGGAAUGUUCAGCUGGGAGAUCCGGGACAAGCUGCUGAAGGAUGGUCUGUGUGACAGAGGCACGGUGCCUUCAGGUGAGGCCUCUCCUGUGAGCUCUAUCAGCCGGGUUCUGAGGGCUCGCUUCGGAAAGAAGGACGACGAAGACGACUGUGAUAAGAAAGAAGAAGAUGGGGAAAAGAAAACGAAGCACAGCAUCGACGGCAUCCUUGGCGAUAAAGGCAGCCGCACCGAUGAGGGCUCCGAUGUGGAUUCGGAGCCCGACCUUCCCUUGAAGAGGAAGCAGCGCCGCAGUCGGACCACCUUCACUGCAGAGCAGCUGGAGGAGCUGGAGAAGGCCUUUGAGCGGACUCAUUACCCUGACAUUUACACCCGCGAGGAACUGGCCCAGAGGACCAAACUGACAGAGGCGCGUGUGCAGGUGUGGUUCAGCAACAGACGUGCCAGGUGGCGCAAGCAAGCAGGAGCCAAUCAGCUGGCGGCUUUCAACCACCUGCUUCCCGGGGGCUUCCCGCCCACUGGCAUGCCAACGCUGCCGACAUACCAGCUCCCCGAGUCCUCGUAUCCCUCCACCACGCUGUCGCAGGAUGGGAGCAGCACGUUGCACCGGCCCCAGCCGCUGCCCCCCUCCUCCAUGCACCAGGGUGGUCUCGCCGCAGACAGCAGCUCGGCCUACGGUCUCUCGUCCAACCGCCACAGCUUCUCCAGCUACUCGGACACGUUCAUGAGCCCCUCUGCCUCCAGCAACCACAUGAAUCCUGUCAGCAACGGCCUCUCCCCGCAGGUGAUGAGCAUUCUGGGUAACCCGAGCGGUGUGCCUCCCCAACCCCAGCACGACUUCUCCAUCUCCCCGCUUCACGGCAGCCUGGAGACCUCCAGCCCCAUCUCAGCCAGCUGCAGCCAGCGUUCAGACCCCAUCAAGAGUGUGGACAGCUUGGCGUCCUCCCAGUCUUACUGCCCCCCCACCUAUAGUGCCACCAGUUACAGCGUGGACCCCGUCGCUGCUGGCUACCAGUACAGCCAGUACGGCCAAACAGCAGUCGACUACCUGGCCAAGAACGUGAGCCUGUCCACGCAGAGGAGGAUGAAGCUGGGCGAUCACUCGGCCGUUCUGGGACUGCUGCAGGUGGAGACGGGACAAGCUUACUGAUGACCACCCCCACGCCCACCACCCCGCCCCGUGCUC